CACCGCCGCAUCUCCCAGUACGCAUGCUCCAUGGGCACUGUGCAGGAUUGGUCAGCCCCCAGAGUUUUUGGUUUUCCAAUUGGCUAAUGUGGGGUGGGCAGGGAAUGUGCCCAUAGAUUUGAAUUCAAAUCGCAAUUGCUGAGGAGUUCUAAGUGCUUUAGGUUUCUGGACGUGGCUCUCAACAUGUCCUUUCCUAAGGCGCCUCUGAAAAGAUUCAAUGAGCCUUCCGGUUGUGCUCCAUCUCCAGGUGCUUAUGAUGUUAGCACAUCAGAGGUAUCUAAAGGACCAGUAUCCUUUCAGAAAUCACAAAGGAUUAAAAAACAAAAAGAAUCUCAGCAAAGUCUUAAUGUUGACAAAGAUACUACCUUGCCUGUUUCAGCUAAGAAAGCUAAGGCUUUGGAGUUAAAGAAGGAGUCUCAGAAGAAUGGUAAAGAUUUGAAGAGAUUAGAAAAAGAAAUUCGAGUCCUCGUGCAGGAACGUGGUGUUCAGGAUAAACGAAUCCAGAAUAUGGAAGUGGAGUUGGAGAAGAUGGAAGCAAAGUUAAAUGCUGCAGUCAGGGAAAAAACAUCCCUCUCUGCAAAUAAUGCUUCCCUGGAAAAACAGCUUAUUGAAUUAUCCAGGACUAAUGAACUACUAAAAUCUAAGUUUUCUGAAGAUGGUAACCAGAAGAAUAUGAGGCUUCUAAGCCUGGAGUUGAUGAAACUUAGAAACCAAAGAGAAACCAAGAUGAAGAGCAUGAUGGCUAAACAGGAAAGCAUGCAGAUGAAGCUGCAGGUCACGCAGAGGAAUUUCCAGGAGUCUCAGGGGAAGAUAGCAGAACUGGAGGGGAAACUUGUUUCAAUAGAGAAAGAAAAAAUUGAUGAAAAGUCUGAAACAGAAAAACUCUUAGAAUACAUUGAAGAAAUUAGUUGUGCAUCAGAUCAAGUGGAAAAAUAUAAGCUAGAUAUUGCCCACUUAGAAGAAAAUUUGAAAGAGAAGAAUCAAGAAAUUUUAAGCCUUAAACAAUCUCUUGAGGAAAAUAUUUUUAUGUUAUCUAAACAAGUAGAAGAACUGAAUGCUAAGUGUCAGCUGCUUGGAACAGAAAAAGAAGACCUUGUCAACAGGAAUAGAGAAAGAGAUGAAUAUCUCAAUGCCGAGGUGCAAAACUUAAAAGAAGAGCUUAUUCUUGAAAGAAAAGAACACGAAAGGCUACAACAAAAAGAAUUGCAAACUGAGUUACUUCUCCAUCAAGAGAAGGAAUUAUCUUCUAGUCUUCAGCAGAAGCUGUGUUCUUUUCAAGAGGAAAUGAUUAAAGAAAGGAAUCUCUGUGCAGAGGAACUAAAACUGGCACUGAAAGAACUAAAUACAGUACAGCAAAAGGAGGAGCAGUCCGAAAACCUUGUCAAGCAGUUGGAAGAGGAAACAAAAACUACCUCUGAAGCGCUCAAACUCCUAGAACGACAGCUGAAAGAGAAAGAAGCUGAGCUGGAGAAGAGUCAUACUGCCCACAUUCAAGCUACCCUGAUUUUGCAAGAAAAGUGUGAUAGUGCAAUGCAAAACCUUGGAGAUGUUACUGCUGAAUUUGAAAGCUAUAAAACAUUAAUAAUUAAUGAGAUAAAUGAUCUUAAGCUGGAGAAUGCAUCACUGCAAGAAAAAGUAGCCAAGGCUGAAAAAAACACAGAGGAUGUUCAACACCAAAUAUUGAAAACUGAGAGCACAAAUCAAGAAUAUGAGAGGAUGCUUCGAGAUCUGCAGAACAAGUCAGCUAUGAAAGAAGCAGAAAUUAAAGAAAUCACAGUUUCUUCUCUUAAAAACAUAACUGAUUUGCAAAACAAACUCAAACAACAAGAUGAAGACUUUAGGAGGCAAAAAGAAGAGGAGGAGGCAAGAAAAGCUGAGAAAGAAAAUAUAGUGGCAGAAUUAACUGGAGAAGUUAAUAAAUGGCGUGUCCUUUAUGAAGAACUAUAUAAUAAAACAGAACCUUUUCAGCAACAACUGGAUGCCUUUGCAGCAGAGAAACUGGCCUUGUUGAAUGAACAUGGUGCAACUCAGGAACAGCUAAAUAAAAUAAGAGAUUCAUAUGCUGAAUUAUUGGGUCAUCAGAAUCUGAAGCAAAAAAUCAAGCAUGUUGUGAAAUUGAAAGAUGAAAAUAGCCAACUCAAAUCGGAAGUGUCAAAACUCCGAUCUCAGCUUGCUAAAAAGAAACAAAAUGAGACAAAACUUCAGGAGGAGCUGAAUAAAGUUCUGGGUGUCAAACGCUUUGACCCUUCGAAGGCUUUUCAACAUGAAUGUAAAGAAAAUGUUGACCUCCAGACCCCACUGAGAGAAGGUAAAAAGGCAAUCCAUGUGUAGAACUGUCAUCUUCCUUUGGAUUUGCUUUCACAAAGGCGGCUUGCCUGCUGAUGAUCUGUAAAAAUUUGUCAAAACCUUCUGAUAUGAAAGAAAUUCUUCCUGAAAUUAAUGCUGAAAUUGACCUAACAGUGCUGUUUCCAGCUUUCAUAUUCUGCUAUAGAUCCAAAUUCCUCCUGUCCGUCAAGCCUCCUUCAGAUUACAUCCUCGUUUUACCUUGUGUGACUCUUUUGCUCCUCCCUUCACCCUGUACCAUAAAUUAUUCCCUAUAUAAACUUUUAUAUUAUAAACCUAAAUGUCUCUUAGAUUCUGUUGUGAUUUAAGAACUGGUGGUCAACUUAACGCCAGCUGGAUUACAUCAGCAUGGCAUUAAGUGAAGAUGCUCCACUUGAGGAAAACUGCCAGGAUGAAUAAGUGGAGAAGAAGGGAGGUGCUGAGGGUUGAGGCGUUAAGGAGGCAUUGUGGGUUCUCCUACGAGUUGCUGUCUGAGCUGUUGGUUCUCCUGGAGAAGCUUUGGUCCUCACAUUGAGCAUUACUUCCUGGCUCUGGAGGGGAAAAUAUGUGCUGCCUGGUCUCCAGGAUGAACUCGUCACACUGCUUCCUGGCACGUACCUGUGCUUGUCAGAGGAGCUCGGGGCCUCUGUGUCGCUGAAGACAGCUGUGAUGCCUUUCAAGAUAGCCCUGCUAUUUGUUGUGAGUGUGACUUCUCGGCUCCAGCACAGAACCCUCAUCCCACUGGCACAGCUCCUUCAUCCUGCUGGCAUAGAUUUUCUGGCUUCCACUGCUGACCCUUGGGUCUUCCUGGCACAGAUCCGUAAAAGAGACUGGUGUGAGUCCUUCUUGUGGGCUCUGGACCUCCAGUUGGACUCGUGGGUGGCCUUGUCCUGAGCUCUGGGUUUUUAUCUAGACUCAUGUGGGACAUUGCUGUGGGGUUUGGACUCUUGACUAAAUAAUCUAUGUCUUUGGUGUUGCAGAUAGAUUUCCUGCGUUUUCCUGUGUUAACUUUUGGACCAUUAUAAAAAUAUUAUAAACUCCAUGUCUAAUCUUAAUUGUUCUCUGUGUACAACCCCUGACUACAACAGAUUCUUAAUUUGAAAAAUUUUCUUUUUUUUUUUUUAACUAAAGACUGAGUGCUCCAAUGAAGAAUUUUCUUAUUUGAAAUAUUUUCUUAUUUGAAGUUUUAGAGAAGUAAAUUUUCUUUUUUGACUGAAUUUCUGUAUCUCACAGUAAAUCCAAAUUGACUAAACUAGUAAAUAAAGGGAAAAUAUACAAUAAUGUUGCAGAAUGUAAGCACUGCCUCAUCUGCACUGCCCUGAAGGCGGUGAUGGAGACCCGGGCCUUCACAGCUCUCCCUCCUUCAUUGAGCUUUCGUGGACAUCACAGUACACACGGAGGAGAUGACAACUUCAGGGAGCCACCUAAAUGUACCCAGAUGACACGAAAGAGGGUGCUGCCUCUAACAGUCAAGAAAGCAGCCAAGAAGAGGACAGAAGAAGGGUAAAGGAGGUGUUACAGGGAAGCAAGAACCUCAUAAAGACUCGGGCCUUGGUGGUGACUUAGCAAAACAGUUGAAAAUGCAAGCACUGGAAGAGAAAGAAAGAGAUAAUGAUGGUGAUGGUGCUGGACAGAAGAAACAGAGAGAGUCUUAAGUUCAAACUGAGCCUCCUGGGGUUCUGCUGUGUAACCUGUAUCCUAAUGGUGUAUUCCCCAAAGAACAGGAAUGUGAGCAUCCACCCUCACAAGACCUUCGAACAGCUUCUCAGAGAACUACAGGUGAAGGAAAUAAAGCAUUAGAUCAGGCUAGUGAAGAGAUCUAAAAUCUAAAAUCUAAAAUGAUUUUCGAGAAUCUGAGAAGGCACGUCAACAAGUUAGAAAAUGCAUCCUGAGCUAGAUCAAGCCUGGGAUGAUGAUGAUGAUGAUGACAACGAUGACAGAAAUCCGUGAGAAGCUGAAAGACUUCCUGCCGAAGCAUAGGCCUGGCCGUUCCCACUGGGUAUUCCCUCGGAACUGUGCUGCCCACUGUCCUCCCAGUGCAGCUUACACAGCAGUGUUACGGUGCAAUGACAUCUUUAAGAUGCUUUCACACGUAGAAGUGGUAGCAUUAUUGCCUGUUCUUUUACUGUCACUUUUAAUCCCAAAUAUGAUACGUUAUUGAAAGCCAUGAAAAAUGCCACUUAUAUUGGAAUAACUCAUUGGCAUUAUUUCACUAUGUGAUGUUGGUGAGGCCAUCCAGGAAGUUGUGAAAUCCUAAGUAGAAAUAAAUGAGAAGACUUAUCAGGUGAAGCCAAUCCAUACUCUGAAUGAACACAUGGGGAAGAAUAUGCAAAUCAUGAAGGGUGGAGAGGCAGUGAGAAUGGGGGAAGGAGAAACAUAUGUCACUGAAACGUUUGGUAGUACAGAACGUGUUCAUGAUGCCCAGGAGAAGGCAUUGUUCAGGAUCACAUGCAGUGUUCACGUUACUGAAAAAUUCCGAUGGUGACAUGUGCCAGUUAGUGUUCUAGGAAUGAAACACUUCUUAAGUAUCAUCAGUGGAAACUUUGGCGCUCCUGCCUUCUGCCGCAAUGGUCAGGUUGCCUGGGAAAAAGUAAAUAAUUGAUGGUGCUGUGGAAUCUGUGACGUAGGUGUUGUAGAUCGAUGUCCACCACACAGUGACAUUAAAGGAUCCUACACAGCUCAGUUCGAACAUACCAUUCUGCUGUGUCCAAUCUGUAAAGAAGUUGUCAGCAAAGCAGAGGGCUGUUAAACUUAGUCCAAGCCACCUCAACGUCUUUGUUUUCUAAGCUCCAUUAGAAGGCAUUGUACCAGAAGUAACUUACAGGGGGCUGGGGAUUUAGCUCAGCGGCAUAAGCACCUGCCUUGUAAGCAGGCGGUAGUGAGUUCAAUCCCCGGUUCCGAUAAAAAUGAAAAAGACAAAAUAAAUAAAAUUUUUAAAAAAGAAUUAACUUACAACAUGCUGUCUGUUGUAACAGUAGACCUAUAUGAUAUUUUGGCUCAUGUUUAAAAGAAGUUGGUUUUGAUCAAAGGCAUAACAUUUAUUUAAUCAAGGAAAACUUUUAGGACUUUCAAAUGCUAACUUUCUCCUCAUGUAGGAAAUGCUAAAAAGUUCAAACAAUGAAUGACUGAUGUUUUGUUUGGAACACCUUAUUGUAUUUAUAUUGCCAUAUUCUUAUGAAUGCUUGGAAUGGUGAGUUAUAUCUACUUCUGCACGUGUGCCCUCUGGUAUUCCCUUUUAACUUCUUGAAAUCCACUUUCUAAAAAAUAAAGACAUUUUCAAAUCUAAAAGAGCCAAUAUUGCUGAUGUUUAUAAGGAUACUUUAUAACAUAUUUAACUACCUAUCCUUAGGUAUAUCAAAUAAAGUUCAACUUUUUUUACCAAAA